UUGACAGAAAAACAAACUGGCCUAGACUGCAUGAUUACACGCAGCAAUGAUGUCUUGCUGACAGUCGGGACUCCUAAUACAAGUUAUAAUUCGGAUGCAUAUGAUAUAAAUUAGCCACAUGAAGUUGCUUAAAUUCAGCUCAGUGUUUAACAAACAUUUGCUGUGGUGAUAUAGAGCUAACGUUAACGUUAGUUACAUUCUGAGAUCAAGUGGAAACUCGGAGCGGCGCACAAAGCUGGGGAUUGAAAUUGCAACUGCGUGCUCAAGCAACGACCUGUCGACAGCGUGUCCGCCAUCUUCGCCAAACGGUCUCAUCUGCUGCCUGGGAGACUGACAACUGCGUCACACGCUCUGAUGUCAUCACGCCCUGUAGUUCCAUUGAAUCACCAGCAGGUGUCGCCAAACGCCCAGAGAGCACACAUAGUAUUAAACUCAUGGUGAUCGCCGAGUGUGCUUCGCGGUCGCAGCCCGGCGUCGUGUUACCUUCCUCGGGGCACCAUGGGCUCGUAAGAUGCCUUCGCUGUGGAAACGGAUAACGUUCUCGGUGGCCUCGGUGCUCUGUGUCGGCUCGGUGGCUCUCCUGGUGGUGGCCCUGUCCACGGAGCGGUGGGUCACCGGACGGAUCCUGUGUAAAACCGGGGCGGAUAUAGUGAACGCGUCUCAUCCGGAGCUGGACCAGUUCAUCGGGGACAUAUACUACGGCUUGUUCCAGGGAGGAAAGGCCAAGAAGUGCGGGCUCGGCAGGAGGCACUCCAGAAUAUACAUUUUCCCAAAGCUUGUGCGGACGUUGAACGGCGGCCUUCACAUGAUGGUGAUCCUCUUUCUGCUGGUGGCAGUGGGCUUCGCGUUGGUCAGUCUGUCUUUCUGUAUUUACAACGCACGCAAGGUUCCUUACCAGAGCAUCAAAGGGCACAAAGGAAUCUACCUGUGGAACUUCAUUGCUGCUCUUUUUGGUUCCCUAGGUGUGUUGUGUUUCCUGGCAGCCUUGAGGCACCACAGACUGACCGAGCGGGUGGCUAAUUAUCAGGAGAAACUUUUUGUGCUGGUUGUCCUGGAUGACAGCCUAGACUGGUCUUUCUGGCUGGGUGUUGGCAGCGUUGCCACUCACUUUGCCGUCUGUGGGGUGGUUGCCCUGAGUCGGAUCAAACUGCCCAAACCGGAGAUCAAGAAACCUGAAGAACCCACUAUCUCUUCUCUAGACCUGCUCUACUGAAGGACCAACCAGGGAGAGUGAAACCAACACUGUGCCAGUGUCCCUUUCCUUUACGUGACUUUUAAGCUCAUUACAGCCUCAAUUUAGUCUAACGUUUAUGUAAAUCCUCAUAUGAAAAAUCUUUUCCCAGUGUUAAUAAAUGUUUGUCUGUGGCAAUUAUUUAAAGGGUU